AUGUUAAUAUUAGGUUCAUUAAUUUUUAACUUAAUGAGCUCUUCUAUUAUUGGUUUUGUUUUAGGUUUUAUCCCUAUAGCAGGUGUUAUUGCUAUUGUUACUCUUGAAUUCGCUAUUUCUAUGAUUCAAAGUUAUGUAUUUAGUAUUUUAUUUAGCUCUUAUUUAAAAGAUGCUAUUGAUUUACAUUAAAUUUUAUAUAUUAUUAUAUAAUAUAUUAAUUUCUAUUAUUUAUAGAUAUUUUAUUUAUUCUUAUUUUAAUUUAUCCUUAUAUAAUAGUUGAUAUAUCUAUACCUUUCAAUAUAAAAUAUAUAUCUAAUAAAAGAUAACUCCAGCCAAAGGCUGAUAAUCAUUCCCUUCACAAAAUAAUAUAUUUUAUACAAAGUAGAGGAUAUCUCAUCUAAAAGAUAAUAUAUUCUUUUAUAAAUAUAUCUUCUUAUAAAAAUAUAUUAUGUCCGCUUUAAGCGGAUAUCCCCGAUUCGCGGGGCUUAUUAUUUUAAUUUUAUCAUAUUUUAAGGAUAAUUUUAUUAAAUAAAAGUAGAUAUAUAAAUAAUAUUUAUAUAUAUUUAUAAUCUCAUUAUAAAUAUAAUAUUUAUAUAUAAUAUAUAAAUAUAUAAGAUAUAUAUAUAUAUA